UCCCAUCGAGUGAUAGAUGUGGGAGUCAACAAUGCAAGUUUUUAGUGAAUCUGAUUGUUACUUUUCAUUUGUAUUCUGUAUAUUCACAUAGUACAAAAAGUCACUCACCACAUUCACGCCUCUCUGCGUUCUCUCACAAUAUCAUCAGACCAUUAAUCACAUUUCCUUCUGUCCUACCAAUGACGACCUCCUAGCAGUUGCAAGCAACGACAACGAGAGACAUAUGUGCGUUUGGGACAUCUGUAGGGGACUAAUCGUUGCUUCACUCCCGACAACCGAAGCGCCAGUGUGUCUUGACUGGAUGAAAAAUGGUUCGACAUUGAGCUACUCGUUCCCUCUCGGAUCUAUAGGGUUGUGGGAAUAUGAAUCAGAGGGACAAAGUGUGCUGGAAGGGAGUGAGUUGAUGUCCGCUGUUUCUUUGCUUCGAUGUGAUCCUCUCCAGUCAGACAGGCUGGCCGUUGGUCACACAGAUGGUUGUCUGUCUCUGUUUCACUUGGGAAAGGAGCCACAGAGACGUGUUGUGGGGGUUGACAAUGUGGAUGCUGAUAGAAACAACUCCAUUGUUUCUAUGGAGUGGAAUGCUACUUUGAGUGAUCGUUUGUUGGUUUUGAAUGCUGCUAGUGUUAUUAGGUUGGUGGACACGAUGAUGGCUACUGUUGUGAGGACGUUUUGUGUACCGACUGUUGGUGAUAUGAUUGCUACUCCACUGUGUGUGUUGUGGUUACCGGAUGAUCCUGAGAAGUUUAUGGCAGGAGACACCAAAACUGGCAUACUGAGAGUCUGGUCAAUACACAAAUUACCUCCAAUCAAAUCCAUCAACAUUAACAAAAACGGCUUCACAGCUCUGCAAGUCUUACCACAACCAGCAGUAGCAGAGUCCAGCCUUGUCGACGACGAAGAUGAUUUCCUACUCAACGUGUAUGCAAUGUGUGUAUUGAAGGACACUGGAGUCGGUGUCUUCAACUGUUUGAUGAAGACAUGGACUGUCGUACCUGAAAUGGGUCAUUUUGAUGUGAUUUCUGAUUGUGAGUUUAAGUCGUCGUCGUGUGGAGUAUUGGCUACCUGUUCGUUUGACGGGACUGUCAAAGUGUGGGAUGUUAAUGCAAUGGAGUUGUUGGCUACUUCUCCAGGCAAUGAAGGUGUUAUCAACUCAAUUUCCUGGGCUCCAAAUACUAUGGACUUAAUGGCUGUUGCUACGUCAUCAAAUGGUGCCUUUAUUUGGGAUUACACUAUAAAUAAGAUUACAGACAGAUUCACAUCUCAUGAAGGUAUGGUGAACAGGGUUUGUUGGAAUAAACGUGAUCAUCAACUUAUCGCGUCUUCCAGCAGCGACCAUACAUGGUUCUUCAACAUCCUGCUGCUGUGUUUGGGUGUGAUUGGAGUCUUUCGCACAAAAAUAUUUUGGCUACUGGUUGUGAGGAUGGUAUUGUUCGAGUGUUUAACUUUGAUUUCAACGACAUGCAACUAUGCAAACAAUUUGAAGGUAGACGACGAGGUUGUGCAGCCAUCAUGCUAUAUUGUUGAAGUUUCUAAUGUGAUAGGUCACACAGACCGAGUUUUUGAUGUUCGCUGGUCUUUGUUGACUCCGAAUUUGUUGUGCAGCAGCUCUGAUGAUAUGACAAUCAGAGUGUGGAAUUGUAACUCAGAGAGAUUGACAGCCAAGCUUCAAGGUCAUUCUAACAAAGUUUGUGGGGUAGCAUGGAGUCCUGAAAUACCACACUUGUUAUUUUCAGCGAGUUUGGAUGCAACUAUCAGAGCAUGGGAUAUAAGGACUAAUAAAUGCAUUGAUGUGGUAGAAGGACAUGGAGCUGGUGUUUAUGGUCUUGCUAUUCAUUGCAAUCAUCCGUUUGCAUUCGCUUCGACAGCAACAGAUUCUACUAUUCGAAUGUGGUCUCUUCAGCCUCUUUUCAAGAACAUGCAGUUGAGCAUUUUGGCUUGCAAUCCAUUGUACGAAAACUUCACAACUGUGGAUGAGAGCUUACUGAUUGGAAAUCAAAUGAAAAUGUGUGGUGAGAAAAGUUCGGGCAUAUGGGCUCUUCCCAAUAUGCAGGAAUCUAGUCCGUUGCUGUUGAAAUUUAUCUCAGAAUUGUUUGGGUAUCCUAGCGCAUUGGCAAACCUUUGGGAACUUGUUAGUUGUAUUGUUGAUAAAUUGUAUCGACCAUCAAAAGACUACGAGUCUGGUGUCAUGCUUGCAGGAGAUGAUUUAAAAAAUUUUAAGGCAAAGGCUAACGAUAUGUUCAUGAAGACAAGAGAAUCAAGUAGAACAAGAACGACACUAAGCAAUGAGAAACUGCGAACACUAGCUGACAUACAACUGAAACUGGGAGAUUUGAAAUUAUACUGUGAACUGAUGGUACAAGCCAGAGAUUGGAAGAAGGCGUUGCUUGUUGCUCCUGGUGUGUCACUUCACUAUUGGAAGUCACUGAUAGAAAGAUUAUCGAAUGACUUAAUGGCGAGAGGCAGUGAUGAGAUAUUGCCACUAUGCAUGGCUUCUGGAAACAUGGAUAAGGUGGCAGAAUUUCUUCCAACUAUAUAUACUCCACGAGAUGCGUUGUUGGUUUGUCAGUUACCGUACGAGGGAAGUUGCUCAAGAGUUUCUAAGGAAGAAGAACAGACUUACAAGACGGUAACAGAUUCUACAGAGAGACAGAAGAAAAGGCAAUCUCAAGUUACUUCCGUGCUUGCCAAUCAAGCAUCACAGGCUGGCAACUCAAUCCUAGCCGCUUGCUACUUUCUGUCAAUUGAGCAUACAGAAGCAGCAGUUUGGAAACUUGUUUGUGGGCAUCAGUUGGAGUUGGCAUACUGUGUGGGGACUGCUUUAUGUGUAAAUGCUCCAACACGUUUGGCAGCCAAACUGCUGGCGAGACGAUGUGAGAAGUUAGGACAAAGGAACUUGGCUUUAUUUUUUCUGCGGCAGCUACCUGAUUACGAAUAUCAGGUACAACGAUUAUGUGCGCGCACUGACGGAACAGAGUCAGAACUGAAAAACUUGCACAAAACGGCUGGUUUACUUGGUCCUGCAGAAUGUGGAGCUAAAGCCAACUUUUUGAAGACGAUAGAUGAGCAACUUAGCUUCCGCUUUUUGUCAACCCUGCCAUACAAAUCAUUCAAUUACGUGCUUAAGCACAUCAAUGAAUUACUGAAAAGCUCCUCCUGGACAUUGAGCGACAUUCAGAAGUGGUUUGAUCUCAUUGUGAAUGUGAAGACUUCGUUUGUCAAAGAACGCUUGUCUGGAGAGCAGAGGAGUGAGUUGCUUGCUAUAGCUGCCUACAUUGGAGGUUUGCAGGCGAUCAGGAGGCGAUACUUUCCUGUAGUUCCAGCUCUCUUCAGUCACGCUCGUGAAAUGUUACCCUGUCUGUGUGAUGGAGUCGUCGAGGACGAGCUGAUUGCCUACAAAGAGUAUCGACGUCAUCAACUAGACCCUGCAUACAAACUGUCCGAAAGUGUACUUCAAACAGUGAGGAUUUUGGAGAGAAAGCUUGGUGGAUCUAUCGGCAAGUCAGAUGGCAGUGAUGCUAUAGUCGUAGCUCACUGGACUUUACCGAUCAAAUCAAAAGUGCACACAUCUCAUUUCACGAGACAGAGAAUUUAUGGUCCUGCAUAUAUUCUCGAUGACGGUCACACUGCUAUUUCAUUGAGUGAUGCUCUCAUGUGGGCUGAAGUAAAUCCGUUUAGUCCUCUCGGAUCUGGAGCUGUGAUAAAUCCUUUCUGAUGAUGUCGCAUGAGGCUAUGAGUUGACACCAUCGGGUGUGUGACGUCAAUCUUUGCAAACUGCUUUUGAGUUUCUCACCGAGUGCUACACGAUUGAUAUAAAUUUUGCAGUUACUUGAACCAUCCGACUGAUGGUUAGUACCUACAAUGUGUAAGCUAUGUAUACCGUUAAACAAGAAAUUGUUUUGUUCACACUGCUGCUUUGUUCAAACACAAGCCAGUAAAUGUCCUAGAGCAUGUACAGCAGAAGCCCGGAUGUAUGACGCAAAAAGAGGGUGUGGCUACGCGAGACUAAAUUGUUCAGCUGUCCCUUCCCUGUCUGCCCCCUUCCUCCUUCCCCUGUCUGCCCACUUUCCCCUUCCCCUGUCUUCCCCCCUUCCCGUCUGCCUCCUUUCCCCUUCCUACCCCAUGCAGCAACGAUUUCUAGUAGAUGCAGCAUACGUAUUUCUUUAAUUAAACGCCGCGGCAUCUAUUUUGUAGCCAGGAUUUCAACUCCUGGCAUUUGAUCAAGGACGGAGUCUAUUCGUAUGUCUAGAAUAGGCGAAGAAGUCAUAUGCUUUGCUCUUCAAACUUCGAGCUAAGAUCAUCAUUGAAAUGUGCCGUUUAUUCGAGGGAGGUGUUUAUAUUUCAUCUGUACCCUCAGCU